UGGCGAGGAGAGAGCAGGAGGAGGAGGAGGAAGAGGAGGAGGAGGGGAAGAGAUAAGUGAUCUAAAGGGGAGACGAUAGGACAAAAAAAGUGAUGAUGAUGAUGAAUACAUUGGAAAGUUUUUUGGCCCCGGCGAGGGUGUCAGAUUGAAUGGCCUGUGCGCAUGUGCGAAGGUGUCCUAACUGACAAUGCUGGUGAGAUGAAGAUAGUGUUGUUGCUGCUUCUGGGCUCACGGAGGACGACGAGAGGAAUCUACAAGCCGACAAGAUGAGAUCCAAGGCGAGGGCGAGAAAACUGGCCAAAAAUGACAGUGAGCCAGUGGACAGCAUGUACGACACAGAGGCCGACCUCCCCGGUUUGGCGGCCGGCAGUGGCAUUGGCGCUGACAGCCCAGAAGACGACACGGAGGAUGGCGUCAUCAACAUGUCCCCCCUGCCCUCACCGACUCCCUCCCAUCCGAACAACAACAGCCACCACCACCUGCUGCACCCCCACAUCUACGCCACCCACCACCACCACCACCUCCACAACAACAGCAACAGCAGCAGCAAUGACCAGGACUUCACCACACCCAAGGAGGGCUCGCCGUACGAGGCGCCCGUCUACAUUCCUGAUGACAUUCCCAUUCCCGGCGAGCUGGAGCUGCGGGAGUCCUCUGUGCCCGGUGCCGGCCUGGGCGUGUGGGCCAAGAGCCCCAUUGGUGCCGGCGAGAGGUUUGGCCUGCACAGCACGCUGCACCAUGGGGCCACGGGCAAAGACAGCUCCUUUGGAUGGGAGUCCGAGCAAGCACACUCAUUUGGUCACGCCAUCCGAUAUGGAAAUGGAAGAAGCGUAUAG